AUGCGAAUUAGAAAUGAUGUGGUCUUUAACGGGAGAAUCUUCCAGUUGGAUGAAUUAUGCGAAUUGAUUAAGGUAAGUAUGCAGCUAUCUGUCUAUGCAUUGUUCUGGUUUGGAAGUAUUGCUGCUGUUUAUUCUGAGUAUGCUGAGGAUGCAUUGGUGGAGGUUAAGAUGGUUUUGAGCUUGGGAGUGAGGCUGCUGCUUUGUUAUCCUGUCUUCUUCCUCUCUUCUUUUUGGUUGCUCUUUAUUGGUUCCCAUCGGAGAGGUGCAGCAGCACAUGGUUGGCCUGAUGGCCUUGGACAUCAGCAUCAAUCAGUGACUGUGCAGCAGGACAUGGUUGACCUAAUGGCCUUGGAUAUCAUCAUCAAUUCAAAUGGGAGAAAGAUAGCGGCUGAAAGUUGCAUUGGAGGCAUGAAGGAGACACAAGAGAUGAUAGAUUUUGUGACAAAACACAAUAUAGCGGCAGAUAUUGAGCUGAUACCGAUGGAUUACGUGAACACUGCAAUGGAGCGCCUUGGGAAAGUCGAUGUUAGUUAUCGAUUCGUGAUUGAUGUAUGGAAUACAUUAAUACUGUGGAGAAAGAUAGCGGCUGAAAGUUGCAUUGGAGGCAUGAAGGAGACACAAGAGAUGAUAGAUUUUGUGACAAAACACAAUAUAGCGGCAGAUAUUGAGCUGAUACCGAUGGAUUACGUGAACACUGCAAUGGUGCGCCUUGGGAAAGUCGAU